AAUUAACAACAGUUGCGCCCAGACUCCCCUAAGCUUCUGUUGCCGCCGCGGCUCAGCUUAUUCGACCGCCGUAAUUUAUUAACUUUUCUCCUUUCAUCAAAACCUCAAAGCGCCAGAAAAGUGCGACUCCGGCCAUCUAUGCCACGGCGUAGGACAAAUUCUGUUCCGUUACUACAUUAUUAUGAUAAGCUCUUGUAUGAAGAGAAUGAAAGACAUAGCAACAACAACAACAACACCGUCAUAAGCUUCUGAUACUAUAAGCAACUCAAACCGGCAAUGCAUUGGAUGCUGCUGAACGUCUUGCUCGUGAAGCUGAACGAAGAGCUUGCCCCAUCAAUCUUCUUUCUCUUGAUCAAUAUCAUCCUGUAUAGCUUAUUACCUCAGGAAGAAUAUUUGGUUUUGUUUUUUCUACUACAGGCCAGGGUGAUACCCCUGAUUCCAUGAAGGUCUUUUGGAGGUUUCUUCUUCAGAAAAGCCUAAGCCAACAUUGGCUGAAAAGGGUACAUUACGCCGUUUUCGGUUUGGGCGAUUCUUGUUAUCAGAAGUACAAUUUUGUUACAAAGAAGCUGGACAAAAGAUUAAUGGACCUUGGAGGAAAAGCUAUUCUAGAAAGAGGUUUGGGAGAUGAUCAGCAACCUUCAGGCUAUGAAGGUACUCUUGAUCCUUGGCUGUCUUCUCUAUGGAGAAUGUUAAACAUGAUCAAACCAGAACUCUUACCUAGUGGUCCAGAUGUUUUGAUUCAAGAUACAACGUUGAUUGACCAACCUAAAGUCCAAAUCACAUAUCACAAUAUUGAAAAUGUCGUGUCUCAUUCCUCAGACACUGGCAGUGUUCGUUCAAUGCAUCCUGGAAAAUCAUCUUCCAACAGAAAUGGAUAUCCUGACUGCUUUCUUAAGUUGGUGAAGAAUCUUCCUUUAACCAAACCAAACUCUGGAAAAGAUGUUCGUCAUUUUGAAUUUGAAUUUGUUUCACAUGCUAUUGAGUAUGACACUGGUGAUAUUCUUGAAGUUCUCCCUGGUCAAGAUUCAGCUGCAGUUGAUGCUUUCAUACGACGAUGUAAUUUGGAUCCCGAUUCACUCAUCACUGUUAGUCCUAAAGGAAUGGAUUGCAAUGGACAUGGCUCUAGAAUGCCUGUAAAAUUAAGAACUUUUGUGGAAUUGACUAUGGAUGUAGCUUCAGCUUCCCCUCGGCGGUAUUUCUUCGAGGUUAUGAGGUUUUUUGCAACAGCUGAACAUGAGAGGGAAAGACUUGAGUAUUUUGCUUCACCUGAAGGAAGAGAUGAUCUGUACCAAUACAACCAGAAAGAGAGGAGAACUGUUCUUGAGGUACUGAAGGAUUUUCCUUCUGUACAAAUGCCACUUGAGUGGCUAAUCCAAUUGGUUCCUAUGCUAAAAAAGAGAGAAUUCUCCAUAUCUUCUUCUCAAUCAUCUCAUCCAAAUCAAGUACACUUGACUGUGAGUGUGGUGUCCUGGACAACACCUUACAAGAGGAAAAAGAAAGGACUAUGCUCCUCAUGGCUAGCCGCAUUAGAUCCCCGCGAUGCCGUCAGCCUUCCCGUCUGGUUCCAAAAAGGCUCCCUUCCUACACCAUCACCUUCACUUCCCCUCAUACUUGUUGGACCGGGAACAGGAUGUGCACCUUUUCGCGGAUUUAUAGAGGAAAGGGCAUUGCAAAGUAAAACUAUUUCCAUUGCUCCAAUUAUAUUCUUCUUUGGCUGUUGGAAUGAAGAUGGAGACUUUUUAUACAAAGACUUCUGGUUGAAUCAUUCACAGAACAAUGGUGUGCUUUCAGAAUCAACAGGUGGAGGUUUCUAUGUUGCUUUCUCUAGAGACCAGCCAGAAAAGGUUUAUGUUCAGCAUAAGUUGAGGGAACACAGUGGAAGGGUUUGGAACUUAUUAGCUGAGGGAGCUUCUGUUUAUAUAGCAGGUUCAUUAACCAAAAUGCCUACAGAUGUAACAUCAGCUUUUGAGGAAAUUGUAUCUAAAGAAAAUGAUGUUUCAAAAGAAGAUGCAGUUAGAUGGAUUAGGGCAUUAGAAAAGUGUGGUAAAUAUCACAUUGAAGCAUGGUCUUGAGAAAUUUACUUGGGUCAACUAGGAAGUUAUUUUCCCACUUAAUCCAACUGUUUAGGAGGUCCAAUAAUACAGUUUUUUUUAAAGUCUAGUAUGAUGGAAUGUAUCAAAUUGGUGCAAAUUUUGUGGUUCCAAAAUUGGACAUUUGAUAGGGGUAUGUUAGCCGGUAUUUAUUGGAAA